AUGGCUGGUAAAGUGAAUAGAGACUUAUUCUAUAAGUUAGCAUCCGAUUUAGAAGAAGAACGUUUACAAUCAGCCGUGUCAUUGAUUAAAGAAUUAUCACAAUUAAAUGUGCCUGACGAUAUUGAAGAAUGGACGUACGUAUUAAACAGAUUGAUUAAAGGUUUGGCUUCAGAUAGAAAUAGUGCACGUCUUGGAUUUUCAUUAUGUUUAACUGAGGCCAUUAAUCUAGCGUUAGGAAUGGGAGAUAAUGCCCCACAAGGUGUACAAUCCAUUAAUGAAUUCCUUGAUUUAUUGUCUAAAACGUUACCAAUCGAUUCCAACACUGUUGCUACAGAAAAUAAAACUGCUUUGAAAAAGAAGAAGGGAAGAGAUGAACGUGGUAUAUUAUUUGGUAAAUUAUUUGCAUUACAAGCUUUAUUAAAUGAACCUUUAUUCUCCACUAUUUUUCUAAGCGAAGAUAAAAAAAAAAUUGAUUCUUCAUUAUUUAUAAGGUACGUUGAUGAAUUAUUCACAUUAGGUUCCAAAAAGAAUUGGAUAAGAGAAUCUUGCUUCUUUACGCUCUAUCAAACUAUUGAAAAAUUAUUACCUUACGCUGAUAUCGAAUUCUACCAAUUAGUGUUGACUCUUUUAGAUAAAUAUGAAUUGACUCUCUCGAAAGAGGGUUUAGCCAUUUAUCUUCUAAUUAUUUACCGUAGUGCUAACAAGAAACAAUUAGAGAAAACACUAUCAGAUAUCCAAUUGUCUAACUCUCAUUGGAAAUCUAAUAAUCCAUUAGCUAGAGGUAACCUUCCUGCAUUGACCAACAUAUUGCGUGAUUCAAAUGUUACUGAAUUUCAAGACCACGAAAAACCACCUACGAAGAAUAAUAAGCAACCGCCAGCAAACUGGGCUCCAAGAUUACAUUUUGUAUGGGAUAUUUUACUCCCUAUCUUAACCACUACUACCACUGAAGAAGAUACGAACAGCGACGAUAAACAUAUCUCUAAAAAGAGGAAAAAGAUAAAGAAGAAUCAAGAUUCAAACGAAUUUAUUAGAUUCCCAGAAUUUUGGCAAAUGGCUAUUGAUGAAUCAUUUUUUAAUGAAAAAGCUUCAAGCGAAAGGAAAUAUUUAGGGUUUUUAAUCUUCCAAAAGACAAUCCAAUCCAUUGGCAAAAAUAAUGCUAAACUCAUAUCUACUUGCUUCACUAGAAAUUUUAUGAGAUCCUUAAUUAACCAAUCAAGUGAUAACAAACGUCUUCUUCAUAAAAUGUCUCAAAUUGCCAUAGAUACAAUUGUUAAAGUCUGUGAAGAUGAUCCAUCAAAUAAAUUAAUUCCAUGUUUAGAUGCACUAUUAUUUAACACCAAUGUUGGGGGUUCUAUUAAUUUUGAUAAAUUAACGAAAUCUAAAACAGUGUCCAAGUUGAUCUCUAUUAAACAUUUAAGUUCCAGCACACUAAGACAAUUAAUUAAGUUAUUCAUUUCACAAAUUAACGCUAUGAGUACAGAAAAGGAAAUUACUAUAGUUAAUCAAUUUGCAUUAGAUACAAUCUUACAUGUUGUUCGUAGCCAUAAAUCUGAAUUCGACUAUGACUCCGUAGUCGAACCUUUAUUGAAUCCCUUAGUAAAAUUGGCAUUUUUCAGCAAGGAUAAUGAGGCACUAAAUGAACUAGCUAAAGAAAGACUAUAUUCAAUCCUUUCUGAAUUAACCGGUGCCACCUCAUCACCAAAAUCCUCAAACGCAGCCCAUUCUUGGCACUAUUAUACCCUUCAAUUAAUUCUUGAACUAGAAAAAUCAGGAAACCAAGAAUUAGUAAACAAAUUAGAUGCCGAUCUAGAAACUAUAAAAAACAAUGGAUUAAAAGUGCUAAAUGAAAUCUCGAUGACAAACACUGACGAAAUGACACAACAGUCAAAAGGUUUAGAAUUAUUACUCUCAAUGUGUAUCUUACAAUUAUUUUCCGGUGAUACAGAAUCAUUAUCCACCAUUGAAGAGUUGGUCGAAUUCUACAGCAAUAGCAAACAAGAGGAAUCCACUUCUCUAGUGGGUAUAACUGAAAUUUUAUUGUCUUUAUUAGCACAAAAGAAAGCUAUCUUAAGAAAAUUAAGUUUAUCUGUAUGGGAACAUUUUAUAAGUGAUAUUGGUAAAAAUGAAUUGAAUGUUUUAUUAGCUGUAUUGCCUGUAAGAGAAAAUAAACAAGGGUUUGCUCAUUUAUUCGAGGGUGCUGAUGAAUAUGAAGAAGAUGACGACCAAGAAGAAGGAGAGGGCAACGAGGAUGAGGAGGAAAAUGAUGAUAUUAAUUCUUCAAAUUCCGAAUCUGACUCUGGUUCCAGUUCUGACUCAGAUAGUGAUGAUAACGACAAUGUUAUUGAAAAUGGUGACAUUGCUAAUAUAGACAAGGAGGCAACUAGUGCUUUAGCGAAAGCUUUAAAUUUACCAGAAAAUAUUGUUAAUGAAAAGGGAGAAGUUGACCUGGCGAAACUUGAAAAUAUGUCCGAUAAUGAUCUUGAUAAUUCCAUAAAUGAUGACGAUGAUGACGAGAGUGAUGAAGAAUCAAUGGAUGAUGAAAAAAUGAUGGAAUUAGAUGACCAAUUGUCUGAAAUAUUUAAGCGUAGAAAGGAAGCAUUGUCUAAUAUCUCUACGGGUAAUCAAAGAAAGAUUGAAGUAAAGGAAUCUCGUGAAAAUGUCAUUGCCUUUAAACAUAGAGUCAUCGAUAUGCUUAUGAUAUAUAUGAAAUAUGUUGAAGGUUUAACCUUGACUACUGAAAAUGGUGAGAAAUUCGGAAAUUUAUUACUUUUCAUUGAACCUAUGAUUAAAUGUGUGAAACAAACUUUAGAUAAAUCUCUCGCAGAUAAAGUUGUCAAAUUAGUGAAAACCAAAUUGUUUAAGAUAAAAAGCUCUAAUUUUCAAAUUGAAUCGUUGAAUGCUGAUGAUGAUAGAGUCAUGGAACUGUUACAAAGGACGCAUGAAAGUUUAUUAACCUCUAAAGCCGGCCAAUUCCCAAGCCUAUAUUAUUCAUUAUGUUCCACAUUCUCAAUCUUCCUGGGGAAAAUUCUUGUUCACGUUGAAUCGAAUGAUAAAGAAAUUGCAUAUGGAAAAUUGAUUGAUUUAUAUGGUGAAACGACUAAGAGUUGGGUAAUGUCUAAGGGUAAAUUUGGCAUCAAUACUUUCACUGAUUUCUACAAUUGGUUAUCAUCGCAAAGACAAAUACCCUAG